GAAUUCAAAAGUUUGUCACAUCGAAUCUUGCAGUAUAUGUAUGAAACAUUAAAUAUAAAUUAAAAAUAACUAAUUGAACAGUGAGGUUAAAAAUCACAAGAGGAAUCUUUUGAGUCUAGUUAGUCUAUGGUUGGGUAAUAAUUGCCAAAUACAAACAAAAGUGCUACAAUAUCAGAAUCUAAAAAAUUUUCGUAUCUAAACGAGACCUAAUAAGUUAUAAAUGUUGCGAGUUUUUGGGUUGGGACUAUCACGAGGCACGUCUGUGACGUUGGUCCGCCGUUGGCAAUUUGGCACACUUAGAAUUAUUUGCAACUUGGCACAGUUGCCUUUCCACUUAUCGCCUACCGCAAUCACUAUCGAGCUUGCUCCGGGGCCCUGCUCGUUUCAGCCUGCGAGAAAAGCUCGCAACUUUCCACCGUCUUCGUCUGAAAAAUUUCUCAGGCGACGAGCCAAAAAAAAAAAAGUUUGGAAGAACAUGGAGCUCGCUGUGGGCGCCUCGGAUAGCGCCAUGAAGUCCCUCCUGGGCAAGCUUGGCAGCCUGCUUGCCCAGGAGUAUACCUUAAUCAGCGGCGUCCGCAGCGAGAUCCAGUACAUCAAGGACGAGCUCGCCAGCAUGCACGCGUUCCUCCGCAACCUGGGCCACGCCGCCGGCGAGCACCAUGACGAGCAGACCAAGGACUGGAUGGAGCAGGUGCGCGACGUCGCGUACGACAUCGAGGACUGCAUCGACGACUUCGCGCAUCGCCUGGGCGCGCAGCCGCGCGGAGAGGGCCUCCUGCCCGACCUCCGCCGCGCGUGGUACGCCAUGGCCACGCUCUGGGCGCGCCGCGGCAUCGCCGCGCAGAUCGUCGACCUCAGGAACAGGGCGCAGGGCGUCGGCGAGCGCCGCACGAGGUACGGCGUCAAGGACCCGGGGCCGCCGGGCCCGGACGCGACCGCUAGCGCGGCAAGCAGUAGAGCCGCCGCGCCAUCUUACCACGUCGGCGACCGUCCGCAGCCUGGCCGGCAGCUCGUUGGCACUCCGGAGCCGGUGGGGAUGGAGGAAGAAAUUGACAGGCUCGGCGCGUGGCUGACCGCGGAGCCGACCGACAUGAGGGUUCUUGCCAUCCUGGGAUUCGGCGGACUCGGCAAGACGACGCUGGCGCUGGCACUGCACCGCAAGUUCGGCGAGAAAUUCGACUCCCGAGCGUGCGUGCAGGCGUCGCAGAAGCUCAAUCUGGCAGCGCUGCUGAGAAGCAUCCUCAGGCAGGUCAUGCCGCAGGUUCCUGACAAGGACCGUCAAGGUGGCGCCACCACACUCAGUGGGAUCGAAGGAUUGAGCGAGAAACAGCUUAAAGAGGAGCUCAAAAUACACUUGGACAAAAAGAGGUAUUUCCUCUUAAUCGAUGACCUGUGGUCUGUAUCAGCCUGGGAAAACAUCUGGGUAUCUUUGCCGAAGAAUAGCAAUGGAAGCAGCAUAGUGGUUACAACAAGAUUCAAGUCUGUAGCUGAGGCCAGCAGACGCCAACAAGUGGGUUCCAUCUAUAUUCUUGACCGGCUCUCUGAAGACAAAUCAAAAAGCCUUUUCUUUGAGAGGAUAUUUGGCGGUAGUGAUCCAUGGCCAGAUGAAUUCAGAGACACCAAGGAUAAGGUUCUUAAGAAAUGUGGAGGCCUACCCUUAGCCAUAGUUGCAGUAGCAGGGCUCUUGGCUAGGGACCCGAGGUCAAUUAAACAUUGGACGAAAGUGCAGGACUCUCUGGGAUCAGAGCUGGAGACGAAUCUCAACCCUGAAGGAGUGACCCAGAUACUUAAUCUCUGCUACAAUGAUUUGCCGGCCGAUCAAAAGAAUUGCUUACUGUACUUGAGCAUUUUCCCAAAGGGUUACAUCAUCAGCCGGAAGCGCUUGGUCAGACGGUGGAUAGCUGAAGGUUUCAUUGUUGAGAAGCAUGGCAACACAGUUGAAGAAGUUGCCGGGGAAUUUUUUAACGAACUCAUUAGUAGGAACAUAAUUCGGCCAGUUGACCACAGCAGUGAUGGAAAAGUGAAGACUUGUCAAGUUCAUGACAUGAUCCUUGAAUAUAUUGUAUCCAAGUCAAGUGAAGAAAAUUUCAUCACCGUAGCUGGUGGCCACUGGCUCAUGGCAAUGCCAAGCAACAAGGUUCGCCGGCUCUCCCUGCAUAGCAGUGACCCAGAGCAUGCAAAAGCUGCGAUAGAGAGCAUGAACUUGUCACAUGUCAGAUCAUUGACAGCGUUUGAGAGUUUAGAGCGUCUGCAAUCUUUUUCAUUCAAAUUUGGGAUACUGCAGGUGUUGGAUCUUGAAGGUUGCAGGGGCUUGAUGGUUAGUCAUUUGCGUAAGAUCUGCAAGAUGUUCCAUCUGAAGUACCUGAACUUACGCAAGACGAGCAUCAAGAACCUCCCAUCGGAAAUCGGGAAGCUACAGUAUUUGGAGACUCUGGAUAUAAGGGAGACAAAUGUGCAGGAGCUGCCAGCAUCUGUUGCUGACCUUCAAAAAAUGGUUCAUUUACUAGGAGGCAACAAAUCCACUCGCCUUCCCUUGACAUUCACACAAGCAAUUGCAAAGAUGAUAGGACUACAAACAUUAUCCGGUAUCGGGAUCUGCAGGAGCUCAGGUGCAGCACUUGCAGACAUGCACAAUCUUACAAAUUUGAAGAAGCUCAGCAUCUACAACCUUAAAGACUUCGAUGAUAGCAACCGGAGAUAUAGUGACUUACUCUCUGCCAUCGAAUACCUAAGCGGUUGCUCCCUGAGGUCUCUUGCAAUUGAUGAUGGCUUCACUGGCUUUCUUGAUUCAGUGGCCUCUUUAUCAACUCCCCCAAAAUACAUCCACAUGCUUGAUCUUUCCGGCAAACUGCCUAAAGUGCCUCAAUGGAUGGUUGAACUGGAAAACCUUGAGAAAUUAACAUUAUCCUUGACUUCACUGAGUACAUACACCCUAUUCGUUCUUGCUCAGCUCCCUUUUCUAUUCUCUCUUACGUUUUCGAUAAAUGCAGCAAGCCACCAACAUCAGAGCACUGUAAUAAAGAUCCUGAUGAACAACAUGACAGAUUCAGGAGGGAAGGUCCUGUUCCCUUCUGAAGGAUUCCACAGUCUCAAACUACUUCGUUUCUCCGCACCAUUGCUGCCAUUGCUAAGCUUCCUUGAAGGUGCAAUGCCAAAGCUCCAAAGGCUUGAGCUGAGAUUUAAGGUGUUGGAAGGUUGCUAUGGUGUUGAAAACCUUGAGAGCCUCCAGCAAGUGCUUCUUAGAGUCAGCCAACAGGCUUAUGAAACUACGAGGGUAAAGGUGUCUGAUAUCAGAAGAUCACUAAGCAUGCAUCCAAACAAACCCACAGUCAUAGUUGAUGAGUACUAUGGAUAACAAAUGAUUGUAUCCCACUAUCCCUAAUAUGUGCAAGAUGCAUUGUUGCAUUAAGCCUUUUCUCUUUGUUUCAAUACUAGCAAAAUCAGCAGGCUUGUUUACAGAAUAUAAAAAAAUGAAGAUCUGAUCUCGUCGAACUAA